AUGGGAGCUCCCCUGGGGUUCUUUGUGAACAACACAAUCCUGGGACUGCUUAGCUACUUCGGGAUGCCUGUGAUUGUCUAUUAUGCCUACAAUGCGGCAUGCUUGCCCAUUGCGAUCUGGAUCUUCCACACAAAGCGGCCAAGAGAGGUCGUGGCUGUGAAAAGCAAAGGCAAGGGCUGCAAAGUCUUCUGGAACUCCCUGAAGUGCUGGCUGGACUGGGUGCCCAUCAUGAUUCCGUGGUUCGCCGCAAAGUUCAUUGGAAACUUCGUGCUGGAGGAUGGUUUUCCACUCCUCUUCAACACUUUCAACUGCCCGAAGGUUCCCAUCAUCGGUGGCCCUGAAAGCGAGGAUCACUUAAUCCCGUUCGACCUCUACACAUCUCUUAUCUGGUUUCCCUGUAUGGCUGCUGGCGACACAAUUAGCCGACGGGUGCCGCAGUACUUGGAUGUUACGUCCAAACGAAAAUGCUUUCUGUACUUGUCUCUUGGGAUUUUCCUCUCCGUGGCUGGGGAAGCCCUGGACUUCUUGCUGCUGGCUCUGGUCACGGCUCUCGCAGCCUUCAUUGCCAACUUCGGCAACGGCUUUAUCUAUGGCCUGUCUGCCAAGUUCAUCGACUGGGGCAUUGCGGAGGAACAUCGAUACGCAGCGUACAACCUGUGGUGCUUUGUGGGUGACGCUGGUGGAUAUGCUGGCCAGGGGCAGUUAUCGGUUUGGUUGGCUGACCAGGUCUGUGAAGGGCGGCACUUUACCUGGGUUUGUCAACUCGGACGUCUGCUGCUGUGA